CAACCGCUAGUCAUUGGUCUCGUAUACGUGGCUUUCAGCCUCAGUUGCAAAUGUCUGCCAUUUGUCUCGGAUGUGGGUGGUGGACACUUGCUUGGGCAGGCCAGUUACGGGCUGUUUCGCUGCUUCAUCGUGCCUCAUGCGUUGCCAACAGGGCAAGUCUUUGUUUUUGUUAACCAGACAACAUGGUUGGAUUGGCGAAACUUAAGAGGAUUCGAUCACCCCCCCCAAUCUAGUGGCCAGUACUGCUCGCCCAACAACCGGUUGGGCUCAUUAGCUCGCACUUCGAGUGCAGAAGGGUCGGGGCUGUCAGUUGCCGACGCAAGAAACCGAUCUGUCCAGACGCCUCUUGAACUGCCGAAACUCGACCAACCUGACCGGCUUCGGAAGUGUGCGGUUCCAGAUUUAGACCCUGCCUCGCGGAGAGGGCGAGGAGUGGGGCAGGAGGGCGAGGAAAGGGUGAAAAUGCAGAAAAAACAGGCUCAUUACGGGUCGGGGAUAGGACCGACAGACAGGCGGUCACAUGUAAAUACAUGUUGCCUCUCGCUGGAUCACGGCAACCACGAUUGCCUGUCGGCGGCCGGUACAGGCGGUUCGCACGCUCACUUGUCAGAAUGUCAGCGUCUGGUGAAGCAGUGGCAGACUUGA